AGAAAAAUAGCACAAAAUGUCGUGGCAAACUUACGUAGAUGACCAUUUGAUGUGUGACAUCGGAGGCGGCCAGCACCUCACUGCUGCUGCUAUCAUUGGCCAUGAUGGUAGUGUUUGGGCCCAGAGCUCUUCCUUCCCCAAGUGCAAGCCUGACGAAAUCACAAAUAUCAACAAAGAAUUCGAAGACCCGGGUCACCUUGCCCCAACUGGCUUAUUUCUAGGGGAAGCAAAGUACAUGGUGAUCCAGGGAGAACCUGGAGCUGUCAUUCGUGGAAAGAAGGGAUCUGGAGGGGUCACCAUAAAGAAGACAGGUCAAGCUCUGGUGUUUGGGAUCUAUGAAGAACCAGUGACUCCAGGGCAGUGCAACAUGAUUGUGGAAAGGUUGGGAGAUUACCUCAUUGAUCAGGGCCUGUAGACAUAGGUCUAUCAAUCAAUUAUUCUAGCAUUUCUUUCAGAUUACAAUCUCUCUCUCUCUCUCUUUUUUUUCUUUUUUCCAUUUUUGUGGACUCUCUGGUUCCAAGUUUGCAUCUUCUGCUUAAGAUGCAGACAGUAACCAUGUGAGGAUUAAAUGGUUGUUUGGUGUUUUAUUGUUCUGUUUGACUUGAAUUUACCUGACUAUGUCAGAUUUUUUGUUUUUUUCCCA